CGAUACACGCGUGUUACAAAACAAUGGCAGCAAGCUGUGUAAAACGGUUACGUUUUUGACGUGUGAUAAAGAUUUGAGACAUUUCGCUUAUUGUGGCUUACUGUGGAAAACGAGAGUGGAAUGGUACGGUGAUGCGUCGGUGGAGAAAAUAGCCCAACGUUAAAAAUGGCGUACAGCUACAAUGUCGAAGAAGUACCACACGACGAUGUUCCCUGCAUGGAGCACGAUAUACGACGUGCGAAAAAAUUCCUUCAGAAACACAGUCCGGAGUCAGGUGAUAGCCUGUACGAUCAUCUGACGGAAGUGUUGGCCAAGAUACUGGCCGAGAGGCCAAAGAACGCGGUGGAUAUAUUCGAGGAAUUCAGCAGAAGAGUGAAGGAGGAAAGAUUCAAGACCAAGUCCCAUCAUUUUCGAGAUGUAUACGUUCCACCGACGCAGUCCGAGGAUGCGAAAAAGAUCAUCAAGCUGUUCCAGAACGUUCAGAGCAUCUACGAAGGCGAGGGAGAAAAGCGUGAGACAGAAGACGAAGAGGAAGAAGGGGAUACGAGGAAGAAAAUGCCGAAUAUGCUGGAUCUUUUAUUUUAUUUCGAACAGACUAACGUGGGGUUACCUCGGUCACAGAUGGUGCUGCUUAAUUUGUCCAUACGAAAACUCAUCGCUGAGUCUCCUAUAGAAAAUGUCAAAUUUUGGGGAAAAGUCCUUGGAAGUCCGAAAAAUUAUUACGUAGUAGAAGCGGAUUUAAAACCCGAAGAAUUAAACAACAGAUUAGAGAGAAUGGCGGAGGAAGAAGAACGGAAGCGUCAAGAGGAACAAAUGAGAACGGAAGAGAAGGCAAAAGUCGAGAGAGAGGCUGCUGAAACCGUGGAACGAGACGCGGCGGAGGAAACCGAGGAAGCAGCAGGGGCAACGGAGAAAAAAGACCAGGAGGGUUUGAAGCUCGUCUUUCCGCCUCUGCCUACUCAUUCGUGGGUGCCACCACCGGAAGUACCUCCGGAGAGAAUCGGAACUGGCGCGAAUGCCAAGGUGUAUUUUGUAUGCAACGAGCCCGGUUUGGACAAGUGGAUCGAACUGCCACCGGUUACGCCGCAGCAGAUAGUAAUUGCACGACAGAUUGUCCGUUACUGCACAGGAAAUUUGGAAACACCGAUUCACACUUUCCCACCGUUUCCCGGUACAGAAAAGAAUUAUCUUCGCGCGCAAAUAGCCAGAAUCAGCGCGACCACCCAAGUCUCGCCGAUUGGAUUCUUCACUUUCGGUACCGGAGAAGAGGAGGAAGAGUUGAUGGAGGAAAUGGAAGAAGGUGGAGUGUUGUCCGAGAACGUGCAUUACGAUCCUUUGCCUAUUAAGGAUUUAAUAGACCCUUCUAUGUCGAACUGGUGUCAUCAUGCACCGUAUCUUUUGAAACAAGGCCGUAUCGUAUGGUGGAAUCCAAGUGGAAGAGCAGAAGAUGAACUCGGAGAGGAAGAAGAAAUGGAUGAAGAAGAGGAAGAAGAUGCAAAAGCUCGCGUUGAGAAAGAGGUUGGACCACCACUUUUGACACCAUUGUCAGAAGACGCUAUUGUGGACGGCAUAACACCGUGGAGAGCUUUGCAAUCGUCUCGCACCCAACCUGAUCAAGCAGUCGCAUUAAUUAGAUCAAACGUUUGGCCCGGAGCGUUCGCGUUUGCCUGUGGAAAGCGUUUCGCUAACGUGUACAUCGGCUGGGGUCACAAAUACAUCGCGUACAAUUACAGCCCACCGUUCAUGCCACCUGUGCAAGAUCAGUACAAGAUCGGUCCGGAGAUUAUGGAAAUUCAAGAUCCUACCUUCGAACAAGAGGAGGCCUACAGAAUUUCCCGAUUGCCGCCUGAGCCAGUUAUACCGAUGGGAGAGGAAGAAGAGGCAGUGGAAGAAGAAGAAGAGGAAGAAGAAGAGGAAGAAGAUGAAUAAUUUAAGUGACAUUAUUGACAGAGUCUAGAUCAAGAUCCAGGUUUACCGGUAAAACAGAUGCAUUCGGCUGUUGGUAUUCUUGUAAUUCUUGACAUAUCAACAGAGAUUAUCGUUAUUUCAUAUUUAUGAAAAAAUAACAUUGCGAUGUAUAUGAAUA